AUGCUCCCGGGGCCCUCCCGCAACACCCAGCCGUCGCCGCCGCCCAUCUCCUCCCCACACCCGACGCGCAGGGCGUCCUACACUUUAUUAUCCACCCCGUCCCCGCUCGAGCAGCAGGACCCCUUCGACGCCCUGCCCAGCCCACCACCCGAGUCGUCGCUCAGAGCUGUGGAGCGGAGAGAAGAAGAAGAGCGGCCACUGGACAUGGACAUUCCGCUCGUCGAGCAGGCCAUAUUGUCGCUGCCCGAGCUGCCGGAGCCGAUGCCGAGCAUACCGCCUCCGCCGCCGAGCGACGCGGUGGCCGAGACGGUCGCCGAGGGCUACGACGGUGCGGCCUUUGACGCCGAGAACCUGUCGCCGCUGGAGAGGAUAUAUCUGUUCAGCCAGUCCAACGCGCAGUUCCACAGAGCGUACAUCGCCCGGGCGUUGCCGAGCAUCCUGCCGAGCGUGGACGCGCUGGACGCGGCGGAGUAUGUGCUGCCGCUGCUGAGCGGGCUGGCGAUGGACGAGGACGAGGGCGUGAAGGAGGCGUUUGCGCUCGCACUCGGUGACGUCGUCUGGUGGUUCGCCAGCCACUGCAGGAUCGUCGCGGACGACGACGAGGACGCAGGGGACGAGCCCAGAUUCCUCGUCGGCACGUUCACGCCGAUCAUUGGCACUUUGCUCUUGUCCGCCGCUCCCGUGGGCGCGGCGACGCGUGCGGCCGUCGUCGAUGUGCUCAAGAAGCUGAAGGAGAAUGCGCACGUGAUGGAGGGCAGGGAGAGGGAGAGCGCGAUGCUCGUCGACGAGUUGAUGCAGCAGGUCGUCGUCGGCAUCGGCCGGCUGGACGUCGCCGACGCCGAAGAGGACGGGCAGCAGGGCACGGAGGAGGAAAUUGCAGAGCAGGCAGAGACGGCCGCCGUCGGCCGCAGGAGCAGUAUGACGCUCAUGGCCGCCGUCGCGGCCGCAGACCUGGUUCCGCAACCGCUUUUGGCAGACUUUGUCGACGAGGUCUCGCGCGUCGGCAGGGAUACCAUCUUUUGGAUCCGCAAAGAGGCCGCCUUUGCGCUCGGUGCACUCGCAAAGAUCGUACCUCAGACAUCGAUCACUGGCGAAUUCCUCCCGCUCUUCGAUUCUCUGGUGCAAGACGAGGCCUGGCAGGUCCGACAUGCCGCGCUUUUUGCACUCUCUGCUUUGCUUGCUCGUCUCGAUGCACCGACACGGAAAGCGCUCACUCUUCGAACUGUUCCUGCUCUCGUGCAAGACCCGUCUGCACCAGUCCGGGUGCGCACAUUCGAAUGCCUCGGCGAAGUCAUGUACACAUUCCGCGACGAUCCGGGCGGACCACCGCCUGAAAUUCUCGCCCUUUUCCUCAAUACCGAAGAUGAGGAGGAUUCCGACGACGACAAGCCGCUCAGCGUGCCUAUCGCAAAUCGCCUUCUCGCCAGCGCCACAAAGAAUCUACUGCCUACCCCCAGUCCUACUCCGCCGAACAACGACGGUCCCCGUGCUCUGAUCUGCGCAUUCAAUCUCCCCGCCGUGGCUCUCACCCUGGGACCCGCACGGUGGCCCGAACUCCGCCCACUACACACUCGGCUGUCAACCGCCCGCGCACUACCCGUACGCCGCUCCCUAGCGGCCGGUGCAGGCGCACUCGCAGGCGUCCUCGGACCACAAAUCGCACGAGAAGAUGUCCUUCCCAUGUGGAUCGCCAGUUUACGUGCAGACGAACAGGGUGUGCGCUCCAAAGCCAUCGAAGCCGCCCCGGCGCUAGCAUCCGUCCUCGGCCGCGGUGAUGUGGUCCGCGCGCUCGAGAGCGCAUGGGACGCACGCGCGUUGGGGUGGCGCGAGCGCGAGGCCGCACUGUUGGGCGUCAAAGCUAUGCUUGAUGCCGAGAAGGGUCGGGAUGAUCAUUCGUGUGGUGAGCGGGCCGAGGACGACGAGGACCUCCGUCGGCUUGCCCGUGCCGCGCUCGUGGACGACACCGCCGCUGUGAGGACAGCGGGCGUCGGGAUGCUUCCGUCCGCCGUGCGAGCUCUGGGGACGGGUCCCGCUGGACGGGCGCUCCGGGAGGAUGUCGCGGCGCUUGCGUCGAGCGGUGUCUUUCGGCAGCGGAUGACGUUCGUCGCGUGUUUCAAGGAGCUUGCGUCGGUGGACGGGACGGUCGAUGCGAGGUUGUGGGAUGCGAUCGAGCCUCUUGCUGUGGACGCGAUCGUCGACGUAAGGAUCGGUGUCGCCCGUGUGGCCGGCAUGUUGUGCGACACAGAACCUCGCGCGGCGGCGCUCGCGACACAUCUACGCUCCGACAGCGAAUCGGGCGUGCGCGCGUUUGUGCCCGUUGAUAUUCCCACUUCAAUAGCACCGAGACCGCACGAGAGGACAGCGCUGGAUGAAUAUCCCUUCGCGACGUUCUCUUUGCCACCACCGCCUGCGCCUCCACCACCCGAACCCGAGGAACCGCUACCAGAUCCUGAGCCUGAGCCCGAACCUACACUAGAACCGACUUUGCUGCCUCAACCCGCACUAGAACCACCAAUACAGCUCCCACAACCGCAGCCUUUGAGAGCACGCACACCCUCGUUCUCGAUCGCUAUUCCCGCCAGGACAGACUCGCCGUUCAGACCGCAGGCCGAUGGUAUACUCAGGCAACGCUCGGACUCACCGACUGGGCGCAGGGCAGGUUCGCCGUUACGAAGAGCGGAUUCGCCGUUGCGGAGGGCAGACUCGCCAUUACGAAGGCCGGACUCGCCACAUCGGAGACCAGAGUCGCCGCGGGUUGCACACGCAGACUCGCCUCUCAAGCCACUGUCGGAGUCGCCUUUGCUACAACGAACAAUGAGCUCCGAUUCCCCCCGCCGCUCAUUGUCGCGUUCGCCGCACUCUGGCACGAGGAGGUUAAUGGCGUUGACUUCCGCUCGAGGAGAGUCUCCUGGUGUACUCGGACAGCUCUCCCCGCCGCCGUUGCUGUCUCCACCAAUCUUGAGAGGUCCGCCGAGUCCUGGGUCGAAUAUCCCUGCACCGUGGAGUCCUGCCGCUGAGGGUGCGCCUGGUAUAGGCUGGCCUGAGGCUGCUGGGUGGCCGAUUGCGAGUGGCGCAACGUGGCCGAAUUUGACGCCGCCGAUCACUGUGACGGAUAAGUCGUCGUAUGGGUUCGAGGAUGCGGUAGCGUUGCGGCCAGCUGAACCUGCUUCGACGAUGUCGCUGCCGCAAAGUACAGCGCCACAUGUGGAUGAGCCGCCAUCGCCGGCGUCUUUGCCGAGUGAAAACACUGUAGCGCCGCCAUCAUCGUCACAACCUGCACCAGCCGCACCGUUGCCUUCGGGAUCUGGUUCCCAGCUACCGGCUCCUCCAAGUGAGGUACUUGCCCGCGAAACCGCGCCGACGCCGCCCGCACGCCCGUCAUUAGUAUCGCAAGCUACUGCGCGUCCGGCAGAUCCUAGCACCGUUCUUGCACGAGAGGCUGCCCCUACACCUUUACCGACUUUGGCGUCACCUGCGGCAGCGAGCGGAUCGCGGUCGGCAUCAUCACUCGAGGUCAAUGCACCGUCCUCACCUCGCGUUCCGCUCACCAAGACGCCCGAACGACCCGCACCGACACCAGUGCCGACGGUCAGCUCAAGCUCGCAUGGUUCGACGCCGAGCACAACGAGUACCAGCACAGCGAGUUCAUCCGCGGUGUCGAUCAGUACUGCUGCGAGUAGUGUUAGCUCCUUUGCCAGCGAUCCUUUGCUCCCCAUCAAGGAGGGCGGCCUCGAGAUCCCGCGUAUUGGAGACAGAGGGGAGUCGGACGUGACGUUAGUCCCGGAGGUGGGGAGCACAGACGCUCUGGCGACUACGCCGGUGAGGAAGGCGGUUGAUGCUCCCAUAAGCGCGCCUUCCUCGCCCCACGCUUCAACUUCUGCACCGGCUGCCGCUACACCGCCUCUGCCCAUCGCUUCUGGCUCGUCAUCUUCUAAGCUGCCUGGACUCGCAGCUCUCAUCUCGCCGAUAUCGAAGAUAUCAGGCGGCCAUCCUCUUGCGGCUUUACCAGCAGCUGUGCCAAGUCCUGGCCCCGUAACACCGCUCAAGGACGUUUCUUCUCCCGCACAACCCGCUCCCGCGUCCACCCUUGAGGCAGAACCCUUGGCGCAACGGCCAUCUGUCGGCGCUUCGAAGGAACCCUGGCAGAAGUUGGCUGGCGGUUCGCAAGCGGAAGCGACCGUGCCCGUGACGCCCGUGACGCCAACACAGGAGCGCGGUCCCAUCUUCGAGCAUGCUCUCGAGUCUCCUUCAUCUGGCAGGCGGCUGGGCUCAUAG